CUAGCGCGUGAUUUUAACGUUCUAUACCAGCGGCUAUACGGGCGUAUCCGCGGUAAUAAGUCUGCCUCCGUCUAUCGUUUUAUUAAACGUUUACCCCCUAAUCUCGUAUAUAUUAACCCUAAACCAGCUAAAAAAGAUAAAACUAGCUAUAGAAUUAGCGAAGUGUAUUACUACCGACGGAUAGGUUAUACUUCCGUGGUUUUUACUAAAGGGCUCCGAGUAUCUCGAAGAGUGCUUAAUACUAAGAUUAUCGAUAAGCUUAGGGAGUAUAACGAGCUACUAAAGUCUAUACAAAGGUAUAUUAAACGUCUUAUUAACGGAAAUACGCUUUUCGCGUAA